AUGGAUGUCUACAACCAAACUACCGUCACAGAGUUCAUCCUCAUUGGGCUCUCUGACCUCCCGGAGGUGCGCUACCCUCUCUUUGUGGUGUUUGCUGCCAUUUAUCAGGUCACCUUGGUGGGAAAUGGGGCCAUUCUCCUUGCCAUUGGGGCUGAGAAAAAGCUACACACACCUAUGUAUUAUUUUUUGGCAAAUCUGUCCCUCUUAGACAUUUUCUGCCCAUCAGCUACUGUUCCCAAGAUGCUUCAGAACCUCCUGACUGAGAAGAAAAGCAUUUCUUUUCUUGGAUGUGCUUUACAGCUCUUUUUCCUAGUGGCUUUAGCCGGGACUGAAGUCUUCCUUCUCUCUGUCAUGGCUUAUGACCGGUAUGUGGCUAUAUGUUUCCCUCUUCGUUACACCCUCAUCAUGACAAAGGGGCGCUGUGUCCAGCUCACAGCCAGUACUUGGGCAGCAGGGUUUCUGAACUCUCUUCUGCACACAGUAUUUACAUUCUGUCUGUCUUUCUGUAAAUCUAAUCAGAUCAACCAGUAUUAUUGUGACAUUCCCCCAGUGGUAGCCUUGUCCUGCUCCUCCACAUAUGUGGCAGAAAUGCUUGUCUUAGUGGUAGGAGGUGUCUUAGGGAUCAGUGCCUUCCUGAUCACUGGAAUCUCUUAUAUCUACAUCAUAUCCACCAUCCUGAAGAUCAGAUCAGCAGAAGGGAAGCGUAAAGCCUUCUCCACAUGUGCUUCCCACCUCCUUGUGGUUUGUUUAUUCUAUGGUACAACAAUAUUUACCUACAUCCGUCCCUCCUCCAGUCACAAUUCACCAGCCAGAGACAGGCUCAUCUCAAUGCUAUAUGGGGUGAUUACACCAAUGCUAAACCCUAUAAUUUACAGCCUGAGAAACACAGAAGUAAAAGGAGCACUCAGAAAAUUUUUAUGUCUUAAGACAUGUUUACAGAAAGGAUGA